ACUGGUGCUCUUCUAUCGGGGAAGCGACAGUUGAUGCCAUUUUCACGAAUCUCAAAUGCCAUUUCGAAUUAUAAGGUGAACUGAUGCAGUAAAAUUCAUCAAAUGAUUUCAUUCAGCGCUAUAGUUUUACUCUGGGGUACCUUCGAUCGCUUUGGGUCUGCCUAUGAAGUGUCUGUUCGUCAGACCCCACACGUUAUAAAUGUUGCCGAGGGCGCAAACGACAACAUCACCUGUCAUUUUGAUAUUCCAGAUAAUACCCUUGUUAAAAUGCGCGUCACCUGGAAAAAAGAUAAUGGAACCAACGUACAUUUUGAGACCAUGGAAUUACGCCAUUCAAAUACUUCUUCAAGUGUUCUGCAGUUUCACUCAUUGCUUCGGAAUCAGAGCGGGUUGUACACGUGUGAAGUGGAGAUUGAUAUACCUAAACUCUGGAAGGGUCAAGGAAAUGGCACCUAUGUUAUAGUCACUGAUGGAAUUACUGUUCGUCAGGAGCCGCACAACUUGCAGGUUUCUGAAGGUGCAAGUGUGAAUAUGACCUGUAAUUUCAGCAUCCAAACUGUACGUAAUUACACAAUGUUGGCGAACGUAACCUGGAUUAGAAUAGAUGACAAGCGAUCGAAGGUCCAUUUUGAAAGGAUAAACUCUCAACUGGCUGCCUCUUCAAGUCUACAGCUUCCUUCAAUGCGUUUGAAUGACAGUGGUUUGUACAUAUGUGAAGUGGACAUCGUAUCACCAAAGCUCUUGAAGGGCAAGGGGAACGGCACUCACAUUGUGGUGACAGACGAGCAUGAAUAUGUGGGCCAGCUGAGCGAUGAAUUAAUUAUUGUAGUUUUUAAAGUCUUUAAAGACAUAUUUCUUGAGAUUGGAUGUGUGAAAACAAUCUCGCAAUUACUAAUAACGUGA